AUGUGUUGCGGCCACUGUCCAAGUUGGAGAGGAUGGGCAGCUGUUGACCUCGUUUGUUCCUUGCUGCCGCUCAAGUCCUCACACCAAAGAGGGAUGUGUGUUCACACAUACACACGCACACACGUACCCUCAAAGUGUUCCUUUCCUCCUCACACCACCUGCCUUGUUGUUGCAUCGUCGAGGUAA